GCCUCAUUCCCUGAGACUAUAAAAGCGCGCGCACAGGCCUCUCGUCUCACUGCGAGCAGAGCGUCUGAACCGCGCGCGCUGUCUUCAUCUUUAAUAAUAAAUGGUGAAAUAUAUGAGGUCCACUAAAGGCGCGUCUAAAGCGCGACGCGAUCACAUCAAUGCAGAGAUUAGGAGUCUCCGCGCAAUGCUGCCUAUCUGCGCAGACGAGCACGAGCGUCUCUCUUACCUGCACUCAAUGUCCAUCAUCUGCACGUUCAUGCGCAAAUCUGCGCUGCUCGGAGGUGUUUGUCAGAACAGUCCGGAUGUCUCUCUACCACAGCAGGACAUUCUGCACGCGCUGGCUGGAUUUAUUGUUGCGUUCACUAAAGAAGGAAAACUGCUUUAUGUUUCUGAGAAUGUGUCUCAGUAUCUCGGACUGUCAAUGGUAGAUGUGCUUCAGGGAGACACUUUCUAUCAUAUGAUUGACACGCAAGAUGUGGAACAUGUCAAAGACUUUUUGAAAGAAGACCAUAAUGUUUCAGCAGAGAGGAGUUUUGUGUGUAGGAUGGUCACCUCUAAAGCUUUCCGGCUUCAAUACGGCAGCUGCUGUUCAGUGCUGGUGAGGGGUCUCUUUCAGGGCGGGCGGCCAGACCCUGCUCUCUUUGUGGCCCUCUGUACGCCCACAGUAAACAGACUGAGAGACGUCGACUAUCUCAACGACUACAUGUGCUUCCAAACCCUCCACAAACCAGACAUGAGCUUCACUGACGCCCCUCUCAGUGUCUUCUUCCACUUGGGGUUUUCCUCAGAGGAGCUGAUAGGUCGAUCGUGGUACGGCCUUCUACACCCUGAUGACCUCACGGUGAGCGCGGGCCUGCACAAGACUUUGGUAGAAGAUGAUGGAGACGCAGAGGUGCAGAUGGUUGUCAGACUGCAGCGUGAAGAUCUGGCGUGGGUCUGGAUCUACAUGAGGGCCAGUAUGGAAGGAACUAGACCAGUGAUCGGCUGCAAAAACCACGUCGUCAGUGAAACAGAGGCCCUUUAUCUCAAAGAGAAACUCCAUAGCAGCGCGUCGAUGUCCUCGUCACAGGGCCGUGGACACUGUUUGAAGAGACAGAGCGAGUGUGAAACACAGACAGAUGAACCCAGCACCAAAACCAGGAGGACCUCUGAGAACCAGCAUCAUCACACGCACGAGGAGCACACAAGCUCCCUCUUCUGCACACCUCCCUACAGCCCCACGUCCUCUCUCUCUUCUGACUUCCUGUCUGAGGCUGUAGAUGUUCUGGUGAGAUGUGAGGGUUUGGAUCAGUUGAGAUCCUCUCAAGCGUUCCCUCUCGGAGCCUUGAGUUUGGGCACUCAGCUGUACUCUGAUCUGCCCCGUGACCUCCACACCCGUGUGCCCGAUGCUCACCCGGUCCCCGUUGACCAGCCCGUGCCGGAUGCGUGCGAGGGCCAAGCCGAAUGCGUUCUCAAUCCCGUGGACCUCCCCUCCUUUCUUUUGCCCGACAGUGCACUGCUCACCCCAGAGUGCUCACCCGUGGCGGAGAGACACUUCCAAUACAGCGAGACGGAGCGGGACGAGAUUAGCGUACUGGCCCAUCAGAUCUACUCUCUGGCCAGCAGCUUCGAUGCGUACAGCGCACACAUCUCACGUGUGAACACCGCCUCCUGCUGGAUGCGCGCACCCGAGCCGCUCCUGGACGAGAGAGUCAUGGAAGGCAUUCUGCGUGAUCUGGACAUGGUUAAAGAAAAUCAUCUCCAGAGUCUUCAUGUACGGACGCCUCUGACGGUCAACACACACAACGGCUGUGACAUCAAUUCUGAGUUGAAUCAACUCAAUCACUGUCUAUAUGGAGACAUCAGAGAAGAUGUGCUCACUGAAGAAUCCAUGUACUGAAAUCAGCCCCUGUGACAUGUACAGUAAUAUCUGCAGUAUGGCAUAUUGCCAUGACAACCAGCGGCUGGAUGCAGCGGAGAAAAGCUUUGUCUUUUCUUUGGAAUCAUUUAUUUUUCUUUGUGCGUGUGUUAAAGAGAAAGAUUCUGUCAUCAUUUACUCACCCUUGAGUUGUUUCUAAGCUUUAUUAAUGUCUUUGUUCAGUUGAACAAACAAGAUGUUUUGAAGAAUGUAGAAAGCAAACCGUUCCGGGGCACUUUUGACUAUCAUUGUCUUUUUUUCUACCAUGGUAAUUAAUGACGGCCAAGAACUGUUAGGUAACAAGCAUUCUUCUGAACAUCUUUCUCUGUGUCCAUCAGAACAAAGAAAUUUCUUCAGAUAUGGAGGCUGAGGAAAAGAUAAAACAACAGUUUUAUUUUUGGGUGAACUGGCCCUUUAAGCUGUCCAUCAUUUUAAAAUCUGUUCAAAACUAUUCAUCAAGGCUUUACAUGUGAAAUAACAAACUACCUCAUCUAUUAAUGGUUGUGAAAUUAUUUGACUGUUUUUUCUGUAGUUUGUAAGUUAUUUGCAGAUUUUGAAUGUAAGUUUUUCCUCCGGCGUCAUAAAGCUGUACAGACUGUCAGAGUUAUAAUGUUAAAGUAAACAUGUAAAGUUUAUUUAUUUUUGUAGUUUGUAUUGAUUUGUUAUGUCAAUAAAAAUCUCUGAGA